CGCGCGGUCUCACCGCUGCACUACACCUGGCAGUGAAAUACGCUGCCUCUCAGCGGCUGCGGCUCCACAGCGUCCAGUCCGCACUCGUCAGUCCUGCGGGGCGACAACAACAGAGCAGACGGUCGUCGUCGUCGGCGCCGUGUGUUGGUGAUGGACGAGCGGGCCCCGAGCGAAGCCGCGUAGCCUCCCCACAGAUGGCGGGGUGAGCGAGGAUGCGACUCCCCAUCUCCAUUUUUGUGUCGGUGUCUCUGUUCACGGCGGAGACCACGGCGGCGCUGUACCUCAGCUCCACGUACCGAUCCGCGGGAGACCGAAUCUGGCAGGGGCUGACGCUGCUCUUCACGCUGGUGCCGUCCGUGCUGGUGCAGCUCACGCUCACCUUCAUCCACCGGGACCUGGGCAGGGACAGACCGCUGGUGCUGCUGCUGCACAUCCUGCAGCUCGGACCCAUUGUCAGGUGUCUGGAGGCGUUCUGCAUCUAUGGCAGCGUCGGCCAGGUGGAGGAGCCGUAUGUCAGCAUCACCAGGAAGAAGCAGAUGCCCCGCGGCGGGCAGUCCGAGGAGGUGGAGCGGCAGGUGGGCCAGGCGGAGGGGAAACUGUUUACGCACCGAGCCGCCUUCGCCCGCACGUCCGUCAUUCAGGCUUUCCUGGGAUCGGCCCCACAGCUCACCCUGCAGCUCUACAUCUGCGUCCUGCAGCAGGGGGUGUCCAUCGGUAGAGGAACACUGAUGGUGAUCUCACUCCUAUCCAUUGUUUACGGAGCCCUGCGCUGCAACAUCCUGGCCAUCAAGAUCAAAUAUGACGACUAUGAAGUGGACAUCCGGCCCAUGGCGUACAUCUGCAUUUUCCUGUGGAGGAGCUUUGAGAUCGCCACCCGCGUGGUGGUCCUGGUUCUGUUCAGCUCCGUGCUGCAGCUCUGGGUCCUCCCCGUGGUUCUGCUGAACUUCCUCGUCUUCUUCCUCUGCCCGUGGAUCCUGUUCUGGUCGAGCCACUCGCCCUUUCCCGAAAACAUAGAGAAGACUCUGACCCGGGUGGGGACCACGAUCGUGCUUUGCUUGCUCACCUUCCUGUACGCCGGCAUCAAUAUGUUCUGCUGGUCUGCCGUGCAGGUGAAACUCAACGACCCGGACCUCAUCAACAAGUCCCAGAACUGGUAUCGCAUGGCCGUGUACUACAUGCUACGCUUCGUGGAGAACGCCACGCUGCUUCUGCUUUGGUACCUCUAUAAAACGGACUUCUACAAUUUCAUCCACGCACCCUUGCUGUUGCUGCAGCUGCUCGUGGCCUACGCCAUCGCCAUCUUGUUCAUGCUGAUCUUCUACCAGUUCUGUCAUCCGUGUCGGAAGCUCUUCUCCUCCAGCAUGACCCAGGGCCUGUGGGACUGCUCCUCCCUCCUGUGUCUCAUGUGCAGCUCCUCUCCGCCACAGAACAGGCCGACGAGGAAGGAGGCGCCGGAGACUCCGAGGCCCCCCGCGCACCCGGACGCAGCUCACGACACGGCCAGCGACCACACAGACGACGGCCCCAACGACACGAGCUACGACAUCCUCAACGACACAAUCUAUGACAUUCCGGCCGAGACGGGCGUCAAAAUCGAAGGCGGGAUCAACGGCGACGUGAGCAACAGUUUAUCGUGCAAUGCUUGAAGCCAUCGCAAUGUGUGACGUGCCAUUCGGAGGAAGACCUCUGACCGCUAUCGUGUUACCUUUCAAGUGCCACGUGGAUACUUUGAACAACGCACCCAUCUCAUCUCAGCUGUGUUUUCUACCACCGUGUGAUAUGUCUACAUGAAGCAAAACGUGUCCUUAACUUUACAUCGAUUCUGGCUGCAAACACGUGUAGUGUUCGCUCGUGUUAAAGAGAUAGAUAAGGGGUUGUUUUUUUAAGUGUGGUUGUAUGAGAUGUUGAGAUAUUAAGCAGCAGUAACCGGACCAAGCAAGUUUGACAAAAUGGAUGCUCACGAUUUUAGCCACUUAUAAUAAAAUGCCUGCUUAAGUCUAAAAUAUCUUGUUAGACAGCAGGUUCCAGCUUGUGUCUCCCUGCACCAAAGUCCACAGAGAAAGUAAGCCAUUUUACAUUCCAUUACACAGGAGAUGUUGAUUCACUGCUGCCUCUGUUAGUGACUUAAAAACAUGAUAUUUAAUGGUUUUUGGUGUUUAAAAUUGUUUAAGUUUUACCUGCUCAACACAAAUGUACCAUAGGAGGCAGCAGUAGACCAGCACCUCCAGUGUCUCCUUGAGCUAAAAAUGCUGAUUUUCACUAUGGACUUUGGU